UCUGAAAAAUGAAAAACCAUUGCAAUUAAACCCGCCGCAAAUACACCGCCAAAUCAAACAACAGUGUGGAGAAGGUGCUGAGUGUGACUCUGUGUUGAGCAUGGCGACGCAACUGAGCGAUGUCGACCACAUAGCCACCUUGCAAGCUAGGGUCAAGGAAUUAGAAGCUGAGAAUGCAAAGCUAUUAUCUCAACUUGCUGAUUCUCACAUUCAUGAGAUGGAGAAAAAGUUACAUGUUUCUGGUGAGAAAAACACGGGAUCGAUAAAAGGCAACCGAAAAUCAGAAGAGAAGAUAGAGAAAAUGACAGGCUAUAAUACAAGGUUUAUGAGUCACCAUAGCAAGAGAUAUGUAGCUUUAAAAGUCAUGUACUUUGGAAAAAGGUUCUAUGGUUUUGCUUCAGAGGCUCAAAUGGAACCAACAGUUGAGUCUGAAAUUUUUAAAGCUCUUGCGAAAAUAAGGCUAUUGGUUGGUGAUAAGAAGGAGUCACAGUAUUCAAGAUGUGGUAGAACAGACAAAGGGGUUUCUUCUGUUGGACAAGUGAUAGCUCUUUACCUGAGAUCAAACCUCAAGAUAUCUGGGGCAAACACGGGAAGUUCUGGAGAAAUUGUAGAAGAGCAACAUGAAGGGGAAAUUGAUUAUGUGAGGGUGCUAAAUCGAGUCCUUCCGAAUGACAUUCGAAUUCUGGGCUGGUGUCCUGCUCCUGUUGAUUUCCAUGCAAGGUUCAGCUGUUUAAGCAGGGAGUAUAAAUAUUUCUUUUGGAAAGAGGGUUUGAAUAUUCCGGCCAUGGAAAGUGCUGGAAUAAAACUUAUAGGAGAACAUGACUUUAGAAACUUCUGCAAAAUGGAUGCUACAAAUGUGCACAACUACAGGCGACGCAUCACGAUGUUUGAGAUUUUUCCUACAGAUGUGAGGUAUGGUGGUAAUCAACUUUGGGUGAUUAAAAUCAGAGGUAGCGCUUUUCUGUGGCAUCAGGUUCGCUGCAUGGUUGCUGUGCUCUUCUUGGUUGGGAAAGGUCUUGAAUCUCCAAAUGUGAUUGAUAUGCUCCUAGAUACUAAUAAGACCCCAAGGAAACCCCAGUACAUUAUGUCUUCAGAAGUUCCAUUGGUUCUUCAGUCCUGCGAAUUUGAAGAUAUUAAGUUUAUGUGUUCAUCAGAUGCAGGAGAAGCGCUUCGUAUACACUUGGUUAAUGAAUGCCAAACUUUCCAGCUUCAAGCUGCAGUCUUUCAUGAAGCCCUUCUUAAUUGUGUGCCUCUUUUACAUGAUCAAAGCUUGCCGCCUAGUCGAGGAACCACGAAGAAAAAAGCCUCCUAUGUCCCUCUUAUGUCACGACCAACUGAGCCAUCGUAUGAAGAACGACGUGCCAAACUCAACUCAAGUACAUGAAGGUUUCAGUGGUCAUCUCCAUUAUAUUAUUUAGACCUUCUACAUAGCUUGUAAGUUGUAACCUAACCAACCUGAGUCAAAUUGGCUCAUUGUUUAGAAUUUAGAACUCUAGUAGUCAGGUCAUUGAAAUUUAGCCAAAUGCAGAUUACACUUCAGACCUGUGUGUGUAUUGUAAUUUAGUAUGUAUUUUUUCUUCGUUUGUGAACGGAUGUUGAACCAAAAGUGACAAAUUUUUGCUUCUCACAUACAUGACUUUGGAAGUCAUACCAAGGGAUAUAACAAUAUGUUGAGAAAUCAAGUGUGAGUAUGAAGUCAUACAUUGUAUAAGAAAUAACGUCCACAAAUCCAAUGUCUUGACGACGUGAUGGUUUUCUUUGUUAGCUCAAUGUGUUGUGUGGAGAGAUUUUCAUACUCCGCUCGUGAUGCAACACAAACAUACACUUGUAGUGUGCUACAACAAGUCAUUUUUGUUGUUUUUUAUUUUCAUUUUGUAAGAAUUUUUUCUUCAUAAAUCAAUCCUUUAAGUUAUUAGCAACUUUAUUU